AUGUUUAUUAUCAUAGACUUGAGUGAUCACGAAAAUAAAUCUCAUGACUCCGUCAAAUUUAAAUUCCAAGCUCAGGUAUGCUUUCAAUUUAUACACUAAAUACAAUUCAUUGUUUUAGGACACAAUCGAGCUGCUCCAGGAUAAAAUUUCCUCUAGUUUUCGAAUUGCGCAAGAUUGUCAACGAAUAUUUGACAGCAAUGGUAGUCGCAUCGAUUUGGUAUCUGGUACAUUGGAGAAAGCAGGACUUCGAGAUAAUGAAACGUUGGUACUGGUUAGUUAUUUUGACAUGUAAUUCUGAUAUUUUUAAAAGCGUGAAUAAUUGUAUUAAAAUAAACUUUAAUGUGAAUAAUUCCAGAAGCACGCUGCACUUAAACAUUGGGUUAAUUUUCUAUCCCAUUGUAAUGUUGUCAACGAUACACAGGCAAACAGAAAUGAUCGAAAAGCAUCUGCUUAUUUGGCUAUUGAUUUGUCGGCACAAUUGGAAAGUUCAAAAUUUUUGUUGGCUUAUUCGGAUUUUGGCACAACAUGGGUGCAAAAGCGUGGCCAAGCGAUGAGGUUUGUUAAUAUCUAUUUAAAUUUUAGAAACUUUCUUAAAAUAAAACUAAAUAUUAAAAAGGUAUGCAAGAUACCUCAUUUUUUUUAUACUAUAUUUUCUAUUUUUAUUAAUAAGCUAAAAAGCAAACUUAAAUUCAGCUAUUUUAUUAUUACAAGUUUGUCAAAUUUUUUUAAUUUAAUUUUUUUAAUCUAUUUAAUUUACACAUCUUUUAUUAAAAAAACUAGUAGAUUGUAGAAAGAGUUUUAAGACGUUUUAAAUUUCAGAUUAAUCGAUCGACUUCUGCCCGCCUUUAAAGAGAGUGCGAAAGCAUUUUUUGCCAGUCUAGAUCCUGAAUCAACUGUCGAAUUUGAACCUAAGACUGUUGGAAUCAUGUCGGGAACAAUAGCAAAAGUUAUGAAUGGAGAUACACUGACACGCUACUAUUUGAAAACAUAUCAUCGAUCUGCGACAGCUAAAGUCAUAAGCACGUCAGAUCGAUUCCCACCAGAUCUGAUCGAAACCUUCGUUUAUCGGUUUUUGAACUACAUUGAUACUGGACCAAUUGUCUAUUUCCCGUAUUACUCAAAGUCAAUCUACAUUUAUUUUAUCAUGACUAAACAAGUAGAUGGUUUUCAAGAAUUGGAACAGGUCAAAGACGCAGAAUUGCAGAUCAAAAUUGUUGUGGAGGUAAUGUUUAUUUAAAAAUUCAAAAAUAUAUAUCCUAAUAAAACUCAUUUUAGGCCUACAUACUCCGGCUGAUUCUUGGAAUUACUGA